AUGGCGUUUGUUUUGUAUACAAUACAUAAAUUUGUUGCUGAGAACGUAGACGAGAUCUCGAUAAACGUAGGUGAAAAAGUAGUUAUUCUCGAAAAAGACGAAGGUUACAACGAUGGCUGGUUCCAAGGACGUAAUGAACGAGGCGAAAUUGGUCUUUUUCCAAUCACUUAUACAGCCAAACAUCCACCCAUCCAUGCCAAUCAUGAUAUUGAGACCAGAAUUGGUUCAUUAGAAGACACGAUUUCUAAAAUGAAGUUACCUCAAGACCCACCAGCAUCCUUUAUUGACACGAAACCAGUAGAAGAAUGGACUUCAGAACAAGUGGCGAUAUGGUUAACUAGCUUAGGAUUUGAUAAUACAUUAGCAGAUAACUUUAGAGAUCAAGAAAUCAGUGGCGAUAUUCUGUUAGAAUUAACACUGGACUCAUUAAAGGAACUUCAGAUAACAACCUUUGGAAAAAGAUUCAAGGUUCAUAAUGCUAUCAAUGCACUUCGACAAAAAAAACAAAAGCAUUCAAAUGACACUCAUCCUAUGGAAGCACAGGUUGCUUCACCUUUUCCAGAAAUCAACAGCAAAAAUUCAGUUUAUAAACAACAAGCAUAUCCUGAUGAUGAUGUUGUCUCUAACUACAGUACAGUCAUACGUAAUUCUCAGUUGAAUGACAAGACACAUGAACAAUCGUCCUUUACACCUUCUAUUCUGUCUACAAGAGCCUCUGUAGAUACACCAAGAUAUCCUACUAAACUUCCACAAGACCGUUUUCAAUAUUUACAACAACAGCAACAACAACGCCCUACGUCUCACCAAUUACCGUCUGCCCCUUUAACUGAAUCUACUUCAUCCGAAUGGAAACGUAACACAAUGAACAACCUACAGGAGAAUUCACUUUUACCUACUGGCAACAAACUUCAUUCUAUUUUACCUCAUAAUACCAUACGACGUUCUGAGGACAUCUUGAGUGACGGAUCUGCACAGCCCGAUAUGGAAGGAUGGUUAUACAAACAAGGCGAUAAGUACAAGACAUGGAAUAAACGAUGGUUUGUCUUGAAAGGAAGCAACUUGUUUUAUUUCAAAAGUCCAAAGGCUGUGCGUAUGAAAGGCAUCAUCAACCUAAAAGGUUAUCGUAUCGAAGUCGACGAGACAAUACACCCAGGAAAAUACUGCUUUUUAGCACAUCAUGAACGCGAACGUACUUUCUUUUUCUACACAGAACACGAAAAGCACAUGAAAGAGUGGUUGAAGGCAUUGAUGAAAGCCACUAUUGCCCGUGACUAUACAACGCCUGUUAUGUCUUCAAGCACAGUGCCUACUGUCUCACUUGAGAUGGCACGUAAAAUGAGACCCCGUCCUCCCUCGACAAUCUUUAGUAACGCAAAAGAAGGUUCAAGGGCAUCCACACCACAUCUCUUCUCGGUCGAUGAACAUCCUCAGCCCAUCAUGCCUUACCAACCUGCUCACCGUAUACCUUCUUCCAUGAGUCUACGUGCGCCACCAGAACAAAAGCACACGUCUGACUAUGCUAUCGAUCAACGGAACCGUCUUAAGGAUUCAGGGUUCAACAGUACGCAUCAUGUCAGUGGAGGACUUGCGCGUUCCGUGACGCAAAGUAGCCAUAGUUCUUCUGGAAGACAGAGUGUGUCUACUCUAUCCAUGCAUCGACCUUACCCGUAUCGCAACAGCCUCGAGACAAACACAGCUACAUUUUAUCCUGAUGAAGAAGAUGAAGACUUGAUUGAUCCAGAGAACAUGAGUGUGAUGGAAUCCCAUCGUCCUCCAGAAGAUAGUGAAGAGGAAGAUGUGAUUGACCGCGCAAUGUUAAAACAAGACAGUUAUAUUCAAUGGGUCAAUUCACAUCUUCAGAAUAAGCAUAUCAAGGCUUUAUCUGAAUUAAGUGGAGGAGAUGUCUUGAUUGACUUCUUGAGUAGUUUGAGUCGUAAAGAAAUAGUGAAACCCAUGCCCUAUCCUACACAACAUGCACAAAGAAUGGAUCGUAUUAUUAUUGCUUUUAAGUUUAUGACACUCGAGGGCAUUGAUUUGAAUGGUGUUUGUUCUAUUCGAGGUAAGGCAAUAGAGGGACAUUGGCUAUUCAACUCAUAUGUAUAUAGAUGUCUUGAAUGGCAAUGA